UAUUAUUUUGUAUUUAGAUUAAACUUAUUUAACUCACUUAUCUAUGCCGAAACUUAUGCUUUGUUAACCAUUAAAGAUGGUGCAAGAAUAUACAUCACCAGUUCGUGUCUAUGAAUUCCCUUUUGAAAUGGUGAUGGAGGCAUAUGAAAAGCGUUUUCCUACAUGUAAAAUGAUACCUGCAUUUCUUGGAAGUGAUAUUACCUAUGAUUAUAAAAGUGAUGAUGGUGCAAUUCAUAUUGUUGAACGUAGAUGCAGAUUAAAUGUAGAUGCUCCAUAUCUUAUCAGAAAAAUGGCUGGAGUUGACCAUGCAAUUUUUAUUCAACGUAACAGCUUGAAUAGACUAAAUCGGACACUAAAAAUUGAAGCAUGGAACGAAAGUUUUUCCAGUAGACUAAUUAUUAAGGAGCACUGUUAUUAUUCUGUCCAUCCAAAUAAUCCAAAUUGGACUUUGUUUGAACAAGAUGCAAGUUUAGAUGUGGUUAGUUUUUUUGGUUUCGAAGUUGCUGUGGAAAAACUAGCUAUAAAGGCUUAUACAAGCAACCUUAAAAAGGGAAAAGAAAUUAUCAUGUAUUACAUAAAUGAGUUAAUCGCAGAAGGAAAGACAUCUUUUCCAUUAUUUCAAGAUUCAGAGGGUCGUCCACGUUCAGUCAGCUAUUUAGAAAAACAGAAUAAAGAUGUUGCUAGGAGAGAUUCAAAUCAAGAAACCCAAGCUGAAAAUGGAGAAACUAAAAAAGUUGAAAGCAAUGAUAACAUUGAUAAACCCACUAAAGAGAUUGAUGCAGAUGAUUUAGUAGAAGAUGAAAUUUCAAAAAAUCCUGUUAAUAUUGAAAAAGUUGUUGAUCCGCCACCUGUUCAAGAAUUUAAGUUGGAUGAAGCUUAUAUUGCCAGAUACCUUGGCAACUUAUCAAUGAAAGAAGAGAAUCAUUUAAUGCAAUUGCGGCGACGCUUUCAAGUUGCACACGUAGGAAAGAUGCCAAGUGAGGCUGUCAUGUUACGUUUUUUACGUGCAAGAGAUGUUAAUCUAGACAAAGCAUUUGAAAUGUUAAAAAAUUCUCUUCAUUGGAGGCGAACCCAUCAUGUAGAUACCAUUCUAGAUACAUGGAAACCACCUGAUCAGUUACUGGAAUACUAUCCUGGUGGAUGGCAUUACAAUGAUAAAGAAGGACGUCCUGUUUAUAUUGUUCGUUUGGGAACUAUGGACUUUAAAGGAUUGUUGAAAACUGUUGGUGAAGAUGGGUUUGUCAAACAUGUUGUAUCCAUAAAUGAAGAAGGAUUAAAAAAGUGUCGUGAAGCAACAGAAAUUUAUGCCAAACCAAUUACUAAUUGGACUUUAAUCAUUGACUUGGAGGGAUUAAGUAUGAGACAUCUAUGGAGACCAGGAGUGAGAGCUGUACUCAGAAUUAUUGAAGUCGUUCAGGCCAAUUAUCCUGAAACAAUGAGCAGGCUCUUGAUUAUUCGAGCUCCAAAAGUUUUUGUUGUUCUGUGGACUUUACUGUAUCCAUUUAUUGACGAGAAUUCAAGGAAGAAAUUUCUUAUUUAUACUGGAGAUGAUUAUCAGGGCCCUGGUGGUUUAGAAGAUUAUUUGAUGAAAGAAUACAUACCUAAUUUUCUUGGAGGACCGUGUGAGUGCCAUUUACCUGUUGGAAAAGUUGUCCCAAAAAGUUUUUACAAAUUUGAACCCACUGGGGAAUCGAAUUGGAUGGAAACAGAUUUGUAUCAUACUGGUCAGGUUGUCAAAGGUACACCACAUGAGGUUAUUAUAACUGUGACUGAAGCAGAGUGCGUCAUUACAUGGGAUUUUGAUGUCAUUGAAGGAGACUGUGUAUUUCAGUUGUUACGUCAUAAGCGUCCUCGUGAAGCAACUAAUUUGACUUCGUGUCUCGGUGACACAAGUAUUACAAAACAAAGUAUUCGACCGGGGAUAGAUGCGCAAGUUGUUGAGAGACCAAUAACAUGUGCUCAAGGAGAUUCUCUGCAGGGAACUCACAUUUGCCAGCAGGCUGGCGUUUACAUUCUUCAAUGGAAAUAUUCAAAUGCAAUUACUAAUGUACGUCAAACAGUAAAAGCUCAGAAUAAAUCAAAAAUAAUGUACUAUUAUGAGGUUUUACCAUCGAAAGAUUACAAAGGAUCGAUGUCGAGUUUAAGUUCCAAUCAAAGUCGUUUCUCACAGCUAUCUAUUUUGACUGGGACAAUAUCGAACGGCAUGACCAAUAGCUCUAGUGCCAGUAACUCUUCAUGUUAGCGUUUGGUGUUGUAAGCACACAAUUUCGGAAGAAACGUCUCAAAAGAUUAUCCUAAUCUUUGAUUAAAACAAAUCAAAAUAUCAAUUUUGUGUUGAUAUUUGGUGAAA